UGGCUCUAAAAAUUAAUUUUCAACACCACUAAUAAUAUUUGAAACCCAAAAAAAUAGCACAGAUCUUGGGAAGAAGUAAACACUUAUGUUUAGAGUGAAAUGGAUGGUCUAGGUGAUUUCUCAGGGAAAUGGAGUGGCUUGAAUUAUGCUCAUGAGACCACGGCGUGACUUCAAAGUCCCCCGCCGCGCCCCAAAACACCAAGGGGUUGGGAACCCAGUGGAGAUGGCUUGUAGAUCAAGCCCAAAAAGAAGCCCUAAGAUUGUCGGCAUUGGGUUCAUAGACGGCAGUGCAUUUCCAGUGUAGCCUAUCAGAGCCCCAGGAAAGGAUCAUCGUAAUUGAGAAAAGGCCUAUAGCAGAAUCUAGCAGAUCAUGUAGGAUGGGAUCCCAAAGGAUCCAGACGCCACCUGAAGCACCUUGUGCUUCCAGAGCAGUCCACCUUCUAGGCUUGAAGCCCCAAAUGCGUCGAAUAUCAGAAAGAGUGGGAGAAGGCAGUUUGGUCUCACACAAAGCCAAGAGGGUCUGUAUUGCACACAGUUCUCGAACCGCAUUUCCUUUUAGUGGUUGGCCUAGGCCACAGACAUUCCACAUUAAUACUUUCAUUGGGAGAAGGAUGAGGUAUGGGUCCUCCUUGAGCAGGGAGGGAGUUGAGAAGGGGUUGCUGAGGCUUAGAGGUUAAGAGCAGAAGGACGAGGGGUAAGGGGUUGAGAAAGUCCAGAGUAAAAGUUGACUCCAAAAGCUAGCAAGUUAUCCAAUUCCCGCUUUGACUUUAUUUUUUUGGUAGUGGAGGAUGAGACUAAAUCGGCAUUGAUGACGUCUUUUAGGGCUGGGGGCUCAAUGAAUUUGAAGCCCAUCACUCUCAUGACCUCUUGAGGGUCACCUUGUGCGCGAAGCAGGUAAUGGAAAAAAGUGGAGUCAACUAAAGUUAGAGAGUGAGACAAAGAGCUCGUUGGGGAGAGCCGAGAGGAAUAAGGAGAAAGGGUUGACCCCUCUGGGGGAGGAGGGGCACAGUGUGGAGGGCUGUAGUGGCAGGAAACAAGGGUGGAAGGGUGAGAGUUUAACCUCUGAAAGAGGGGGAUAAGAAUGCGUAGCGGGGUAGGAAAGGGGGUUAUGGGGGAGAGAAGCAUUGGGUGCAAGGCUGAUCUCAUUAGGUGGGUUGGGGUGGAUGAAUUGAGAUGCCGACCCCAUCGCCUCCUUAGGGGAAUUAAAGGUGGGAUCUGGACAGAUCGACUAAUUGGGAUUGAUCUCACCAUUUUUGUCACCCGACCAUUUUUGUCACCCGACGAGGAAAAUAGAGAAGAGAGCGAUGGGUCCUGCUAUCUAAGGGAUCCGCGAGACAGGAUAGGUCCCCGAAUUGUCCCUUACAACCAAGGAUUCAACGUCAGAGGGGGGUCCACCGCAGUCAUGGUUGUCGAGGGUAACUCCAAAGGGCCCACCAGGGGUAAAAGGGGUGAACUCAGCUUCCACGUAGACGCGAAAGGUGAGGCUACCUGUUUCAAAUCGAGAGGCUGUGAUGGUGGAGGGUUUGCCAAAGGGGGUAUCUUGCGUCGUAGGAAAAGGUAGAGAGAGGUUCGUAGAUGGAGAGGCCCCAUAGGAGGAAGACCCUGGGAAGGGCCCACAUUGUGGUGGUAAGUCGAGGAAGGGUAUAAGGCUAAGGCCAGAAUGAGAUGGGUGACCAUCGGAUAAGGGUUACCCUUGCCCCUAGGCACAAGAUGAGGAGAAAGUUGGUUGGGAGGGCUUAGAGCGUGAGCAUUGAACAAGGGGAGGGGUCCACCGUGAUUUGGAAAAGAUCCUUGUCCCUGAGGAGGCUGCGGUAUGGGUGGGCUUGAGUAAGUAACCACCGUCGGAUGAAUAGCACCUAUAUCGCGAGUGGUCGGCAAGAUAGGUUGGUUAGGGGCCGACGCAUGAAAACGAGUUGAAUUUCCAAAAGUGGCAGCAGGGUGGUAGAUCCACUGUAGGAUGAAGAGAUCCUUGUCCCUAAGGAGGCUGCGAGAUGGGCGGGCUAGCGUUAAUAACCAACGUUGGAUGGAGAGGGCCUUUAUCGCGAGGGGUUUGCAAGAUUGGUGGAUUAGGAGCCAACACGUGUCAAAUCUCCAGAAGAGGCAGCAAUGUGGUUGGUGGAAAGUGGUCUAGCAGUCAGCCACUCCUUCACUUGGACGCCUAUCAUUGGCUGCCGAGCUGGAUGGGUUUCUAUGGACGUUUGGCGCUCGAUAUUGGAAUAUUCGACGCGUGGCCCGCCUGCGAAGGACCUAGCGUUGACCAUGUCCAUUUGCCAAGGGGCAAAUCGUGGCGGUUGCUUGUAAUCCUUAUAAGCCCUUGGAUUUCUUAAUCGACGGCCACGAGUCACCAUGGUCCACUCCUCCGUAGCUUGCUGAACGGGGUAUCGUGGUCUUGACCCAGCAAUACCAAGGUCCUCAACAUGACAAGACGGGUGGGGGGAAGCCUUCACCCAGGAAACUGGGAUGCUGAAAAAGAGCCCAUAUGGCUCUAGCCACAGGCGGUAGGGGACCUGUUCCGGAAUGAGAACUUCAACCAGGACUCGAAUGGAACUAAGCGGCAAUGAGGCAUGUGAAGGCUAGUGGAUCGAGAUGAAUCUACCGCAUGCUUCCCCAAUCUUUUGGAAGGUUUUCGCGUUCCAGACCUGUCGUGGGAUGUGGGUGGCUAGAGAUGUUCCUGCUAGAUACCUUCUACGUCUGGGACAGGGAGAGCAAGAGUUAGCUACUGACCUUGAUUUUAGCCGGCAAGGUCGUGUCAAUGCAAUGCUUGUACGUCGGAUAGAACUGCUCACAGAGGUUGAAAGGCUUGCAAAAUUACUUAACCAGCCAGAAGAUGUGGGCUAUACAUGUGCAACCGCAGGCUACUUUUGGUUGCAUGUCUACUCUCGUUGGGAACAGUUUCUUGCUGCUUGUGAGCAGAAUCGAGAAAAACCAAAUUUUGUCAAAGAUAGAUUUCCAUUUCAAGAGUUCUUCUCGGGCACACCUAAGCCUGUAUUCACAGGAGAAUCAUUUGAGGCAGAUAUGCGUUCAGCAAUGGGCUGCUUUCGCCAUCUUAAAACUAUGCUUCAGUAACUUGAAGAAUGCAGAGCCUUUGAGCAGUUGAAAUCAACAGCUGAUAGGGCGAAUUAUCUGAUGACCAAACAGGCGAAGAUUGUGGC